ACUACAACUCCCACCGUGCAGUGCAGCCAGGACGGUCAAAUUGGAUGUUUGGGUCUCUGCAAAACCAUGGCGUGGAGAAGCUGCUGCAAGCUGGGGGCCCAGCUGGGAAGGAGCCCUGGGCGGAGGCAGGCAUGGGGGCAGAGGGGGAUUGCCUCCUGCAUCGACCCUGCUAUGGGCCUGACCGAGGAACAGAAAGAAUUUCAGAAAGUGGCCUUUGACUUUGCCGCCAAAGAGAUGACCCCUCAUAUGGCAGAGUGGGAUGAAAAGGAAAUUUUCCCCAUGGAGACGCUGCGGAAAGCCGCCCAGUUGGGAUUUGGGGGGAUCUACGUGAGGCCAGAUGUUGGUGGCUCUGGAUUAUCUCGGCUGGAUACCUCCAUCAUCUUUGAGGCUUUGUCGACGGGAUGUGUCAGUACCACUGCCUAUAUCAGCAUCCACAACAUGUGUGCUUGGAUGAUUGACAUCUUUGGGAAUCAGGAACAGAGGCACAAGUUCUGCCCCUCGCUGUGCUCCAUGGAAAAGUUAGCCUCUUACUGUUUGACGGAGCCAGGAAGUGGAAGUGAUGCUGCUGCUUUGCUGACUUCGGCCCAAAGGAAAGGAGACACCUAUGUCCUUAAUGGCUCCAAGGCUUUCAUCAGUGGUGGGGGCGACACGGAUGUGUACGUGGUCAUGUGCCGUACCGGAGGGCCAGGUCCCAAAGGCAUCUCCUGCCUGGUGUUGGAGAAAGGAGCUCCUGGCCUGAGUUUUGGCAAGAAGGAGAGGAAGGUGGGCUGGAACUCUCAGCCUACGCGGGCUGUCAUCCUUGAGGACUGCGCCGUGCCGGUAGCCAACCGUCUGGGAGAGGAAGGUCAGGGCUUCAACAUCGCCAUGAAAGGCCUGAACGGAGGGAGAAUUAACAUUGCGUCUUGCUCCCUGGGUGCCGCCCACGCUUCGGUCCUCUUGGCUCGAGACUACCUCAACGUCCGCAAACAGUUUGGGAAGCUCCUCGCUAGCAACCAGUACCUCCAGUUCCAGCUGGCUGAGAUGGCGACGCGUCUGGUGGCGGCACGGCUCAUGGUGCGGACUGCGGCUCAGGCCCUGCAGGAGGGGCGCGAAGAUGCCGUCGCUCUGUGCUCCAUGGCCAAGCUCUUUGCCACAGAUGAGUGCUUUGCGAUCUGCAACCAAGCCCUGCAGAUGCAUGGAGGCUACGGCUACCUGAAGGACUACGCUGUGCAGCAGUUUGUGAGAGAUAUCCGGGUGCACCAGAUCUUGGAAGGUACCAAUGAAGUCAUGAAGAUGAUCAUAGCCAGGAGUCUGCUACAGGCCUAGAGUUGGAGCUGGUCUUCAACCUCCGUGCACUCGAGCUGCUACAGGUUGCCGUGGUGGCCAUAUCCUGGGAGCAAAGGAUGGGAGACUUACCAGUGGAUACCCAUCUCCGCUCCCACCUCCCCUCAAAUCACAGUCCUGAUGGACCAAGUUUCAAAUAUGCAGCCGCUUUCCCGUGACAGGCAGCGCCUGACACCCGCUGCUCUUCGGGGACUGAAAUCCCCUCUGGAUCUCAAUGGGGCCUUUUGUCCUUGGAUUCCCAACUAUGGGCCAUCUGCUCUGGCCUGUUGCUCCUCCAAAAGAAAGAGGAAGCCAGUCUGAAUCUUUGCCAGGGCCAUGAGCUAGCUCCUAAACUGCUCCUGCGGCUGAAGCUGCUGGUUCUUGAUAGUCUCGUUCUUUCAUUUUGGGUUGGGGGGGCAGGGGGGGGGGUCUUCUUCAGUCCACAUUUCCAGGACACUGCUUCCCCUCCCUCCCUCUCACACUCUACCCAGAAAGCAUAUAUCCAACCACAAAGGCCUUUUCAUAGCUCUGUUGCGUUCUUUGAGACAGAUCUCCUCUCGUUGGGAUCGCCUCCAUUUGCAGUCAAUCGCCCACCCGCCCACCCGUCUGUGGGAAACCGCCUGUCUGUCCCACAAUCUGUCACGGGCUGCUAACCAGAAAAGCCUUUGGAUACCCUAAAAGAAUUCCAGUUGGGCCAUUUCUGACAAGCCAAUGACUCCCAAGUGCUGAUCUGUGUUUCCUUUCUUUCUUGAUAUUGGAAUCAAUAAAUGGCGAUUACUUUA